GUUGUGAGAGUUGUGGCGACAGAACUGAGUUUGAGCUGAGGAACAGACGGAACAGCGCAUCACUACUACUAUUAAUAUCACUACUCAAACUUUGAAUUUAAUUUAAAUUCAAUUUUAUUUGUAAUCAUAAAUUGAAGGCAAUUGUGAAGUAUGUCUCGAUUUGAUUGUGUAGAGAGUGGACCUCCGAUCGAGAUCUUUGCUCUGAGCAAAGCCUACAAAGAGGACACAUUCGCUCAGAAGGUUGACCUUGGAAUCGGUGCCUACCGGACGGAUGAGGCGAAGCCAUGGGUACUACCAGUAGUUCGUAAGGCAGAGCGUGAGAUCGCUUCCGACGACAGCCUUAAUCACGAAUAUUUGGGACAAUUGGGAGACGACUUGUUCUCACAAUCGGCCACUAAAAUGCUUUUGGGGGACAAUUCCUCCGCAAUCGCAGAGAAAAGGGCGUUUGGCAUACAGUGUCUGUCAGGAACCGGUGCCCUAAGAAUUGGCGCAGACUUUCUCCGCCGAAACUGUGGCUUCAAAACGGUGUAUAUAUCAGAGCCGUCGUGGCCGAAUCACAGACUACUGUUCCUUCACUCGGGCUUUGAAUCUGUGCGGACGUACAGGUAUUGGGACGCACCCAACCGUCAGCUCCACUUCACGGGUCUUAUUGAGGACUUGCGUAACGCACCCGAAGACUCAGUGGUUGUACUGCACGCCUGCGCUCAUAACCCGACGGGAAUCGAUCCGACGCCCGAUCAGUGGAAAGCCAUCGCAGAUGUGAUGGAAGAAAGAAAAUUGUUUCCAUUCUUCGACUGCGCGUAUCAGGGAUUCGCUUCUGGAGAUCUGGACAGAGAUGCCCAAAGUUUCAGGACUUUUGUCGACAGAGGAUUUGAGACAUUGUGUGCCCAGUCUUUUGCUAAGAACUUUGGACUCUAUAAUGAACGCAUCGGUAAUCUAACAGUUGUAUUAAAAAAUCCUUCGCCAAUAGUGAACGUUAAAUCACAGAUAACUCUAUUGGUUAGAGGAAACUACAGCAACCCUCCAGUUCAUGGCGCCCGCAUUGUAGGCAAAGUUCUCAAUGAUCCUCAACUCAAUCAGGAAUGGAAAAAUUGCAUUAAAUUAAUGUCGGGUCGAAUCCAAGACAUGAGGAAAACAUUGCGCGAUAACAUCGAAAAGUUGGGAACUCCUGGGAAGUGGAGUCACAUUACGGAACAGAUAGGAAUGUUCUCAUAUACGGGUCUCAAUGGACAACAAAUCAAGCAUUUGGUUGAAAACUAUCACAUCUAUCUGCCAAAGGAUGGACGCAUCAGUUUGAGUGGAAUCAAUACCAAUAAUGUUGAAUAUGUGGCCAAAGCUAUCAACGAUGCCGUCAAUCAAUUCCCAUAAAUUAGUCCUUUUCUUAAAUUGCAAAUCAAUUGUUUUCUCUUAAAUUCUAUUGGUUUUAGCGAUAGUUUAAAGAAAUAUAAUGAUUAUAACUGUUAUUCCGGUAUAUUGUUAGCCGUAUUAACUAUUGUUA